UUUAUAAACACAUUCUGGUUUUACGUGCGGCAAAUGCAACAGGCUCAAAAACCUACCUACAUAAACGCGCAUUCUGCUGGUCAAUAAAAUGAGUUUUGCUCAUCCAAAAACGAUAAUUGAGGAGGGAGACACCGUAAUCUUGUAUCUGACCAUAACAAACGUGUACGCAAUAGAGGCGGUACCUCAGCUGAAGAACAAAAAAGAUGAGUUAGUGGACAAUGUGUUUCAGACUAAUUUUGGUGCGUUAAAAGUGAAAGACAUUAUCGGUAUCCAAUAUGGUUCGAAGGUUGAACUUUCGAAAGGCUGGGCGCACGUUCUGCAGCCUAACCCUGAACUGUGGACACAAACGUUGCCCCACCGCACACAGAUUCUAUACACACCGGACAUAAGUAUGAUACUCUAUCAGCUAGAAAUAAAACCGGGCAGUGUUGUGAUCGAGUCGGGCACCGGUUCGGGGUCGCUCUCUCAUUACUUUCUACGGGCCAUCCGACCACAUGGAUAUCUGCAUACAUUUGAUUUCCACGAGGAGCGUGUUCAAAAAGCUCAGGAGGAGUUCAAUGCCCACGGAUUGGGUGAUUUUGUGAAGGUUACUCAGCGGGAUGUUUGCGAGAAUGGAUUUGGGGAAGAAUUGAAUGGGAAGGCCGAUGCAGUAUUUCUAGACCUACCGGCUCCACAACUAGCAAUACCGCAUGCUGUCAAAGCAUUGAAAGAUGAAGGUGGCCGUAUUUGUUCGUUCUCACCGUGCAUCGAACAGUCGGGUCGCGUCUGCGAAGCCCUGGAAAGAUACGGAUUUGUGGAUAUUCUAAAUCUGGAAGUUUUACAAGUAGAGGAUGUAGUUAAAACUAAAAACGUUCCCGUAAUUGAUCUGGAAUUUGUGAAGCAUAAGAAAUCUGAGUCCGAUAAGGACGCGAAAACGCCGAGAGAGACCAAGAAGUACAUAACAUCUAAUGCCCCCAAUACAAUGGCCGGCCAUACAGGAUAUCUGACCGUAGCCGAAUUACCACCGCUAUUCGCGCGAUAACACUAAAUUGAAUUGACCAAAAUUGUUGACCAUAAUCCAAAAAUGACAACAUUGUUCAUAGGGAACAAAAUAUAGUUUUUAUAACAGAAAUUUGCCUAUGUUUUAAAACAAUUUUUAAUCCGUAUCCGUCUAGCAUCAUUGUCACGGACAGUUGCGUGUAAAAAUGAACUCCGUGAAGUGAAAGUGUUCAUUCCCAUGUUGGUUGCAUAAUUUCGGACGUUUGAACGUUAUAAUGACAAGUUUGCGAUUAUACCUCGAUGAUUAACUUGCUAAAUCAAAUGCUGGCUCAAAGAUGAGGAUGAAUACUUGGUUGCUCGGGAAUAAUGUAGUUGUUAAACAUAUGGGAAUGUAAUUUUACGCUAGAGAG